AGUCAUCUCAAGGUCCAUCCAUACAAUUGCGGAAUUGUCAGCUAACAAUUUUGGAACGGUCUCCAUAUUUACCGACAAUUUUGAAAUUGAGUGAUGAUUUUCCCAUUGAGAUUUUGAAACAAUGGAUGUUAACGAAAGUAUACUUCCACGUGUAAAGAAUUUUAGCAUUUCGUGAAUUAAAUCAAUGAUGUGUUACGAAAUAUGUAUAAAAGAGACCUGAGGAAAGUGCCAGUUUGGAUAGUUGCCAGUUAAACCAACCCAUUUAUACAUAAUCAAUAAUGCCAGAGACAAAAUGUGACAUGAGAACAAAGAUGACGUCAGGAAAGAAAUAUUGAUAAUUUUUAAACAAAAACACAAACACUUUUGUAAACCAUUGAAAUAAAUUUUAUUUAUAAUUACGACGUAAUUAAUAUUGAACGCGAACUUUAAAAUGUAAUUCCAUCACUCUUGAUCAUAAUUAUAUUUUUUUAUGAAACACUAAUGUUCGUGCAUCUGUAACAUGUUUUUACUACAUUUUAUGGCACUAAAUAUGUGCUAUUUUUCUAAGCUAAUAUUUUCUGUGUAUCGGAGUUUCGAUAGCUGUGACUUGCUGGGUAUAUAUAUAUAUGAAUUUUAAUAUGUUUUUAAACUUCGUCUGCACCCUGCGUUAUUAUGACAUUUGGAGUACGAUUUUGUGGUAAAUAAAAAUUUUGAUACUGUGAAAUUAAUUGUAUGCAAGUGUUUUCUUUGCUGAAAUAUAACAAUAAAAGGAUUUAAAAAAAGAUUGUCAGUAAAUGCGUCCUUAUUAUUUUGUGAUAUCUAAUUGUGUAAAUAAAAAUGUCUUUUAAUGAACGCCCCACCACAUCGAAGGAUACUUCAUUUGACUCUUUCUAUACGGAGGUUAAAGAAAUAGAAAAACGCGAUUCUGUUCUAACCUCUUCUCAACAAAUUGAUCGUUUACUUCGUCCAGGUUCAACAUACUUCAAUCUCAAUCCAUUCGAGGUACUACAGAUAGAGCCUAGCGCUACUGUUGAAGAAAUAAAGAAACGUUACCGCACACUCUCCAUACUGGUGCAUCCGGAUAAGAACCAAGAUAAUAAAGAUCGGGCCCAGACAGCUUUUGACAUUAUAAAUCGGGCUUGGAAAACACUGGAAAAUGAUGUCACACGAAAAAAAUGUCUCGAUGUUUACGAGGAAGCGAAAGAAAGAACUGAUCAUAUGAUUGCAGAGAAAAGAAAGAAGCUUCGAAAGGAGAGUAAAGGUUUUGAAAGCAUCCCUGAAGAUGACCCUGAUAAAUAUAAACAUGCCAUAUAUGUGAUGGUUAUGAAAUUGUUCGCUGAUAUGGAACGACGCCGGCAACAAUUAGAUCAACGAGAUCAAGAAGAGCGAAAACGUAAACGCGAAACCGAAAUCGAGGAGGAAGAAAAGAGAAAAGCUGAUUUAGAAUGGCAGAAGAAUUUUGAAGAGUCGCGCCAAAGUCGUGUAAAUAGUUGGCAUGAUUUUCAGUCCGGUGCCAGCAAAUCUAAGAAGUCGAAAAAGCAAAAACGUAUGCAUGGAAUGAUUGUUCCUCCCAAAUUUAAGCCUGAAACACGAUAAACAAGUAUGCACGUGCAUAUCUAUAGCAACCACCUUUAUAACAUUAUUUUUUAUACUUCAAAUUAAGUUCAUGAAUCAAAAAGCACGGAUUCCAUGUAUUAAGGCUGAAAAUAUGUUCAAUAUAUCAUGCCUUUAAAUGAGAAAUAAGUAUUCGGAGUUCGUUAAAAUUGUCAUUUAGUUGCCGCUCAUUAUACAUACUAUGUAACUAAAAAUAAAAAAAUUGACAUUAUUACAUUUUGUAAAAUACAGCCAAAUGGAUAUAUUUUAGAGCAACAAA